UAUAAAGAAUUGGAAAAGUCUGUCCGAGUGGAAGAAAUUGAUGGCAUGAAAGUGGUCAAAAAUCUAUCGAAGAAGAUGGAGGAGAUGUUCCGGAAGAAAAAGGAGGCCAUUCGGAGGCUGGUGGAGGCAGCAGAAGAGGCACAUCUACAGCACGAGGAAAACCCAGAGCUGCAGUAUGAGUACUUCAACGCGGUGCUGAUCAACGAGGUGGAUGAGGAGGGCAACAACGUGGAGCUGGGAGGAGAGUUUGUCCUCGAACCCAAUGAACACUUCAACAACCUGUCAGUCAACCUCAGCCUCAGUGUGGUGCAGGUGCCCACCAACAUGUAUAACAAAGAUCCUGCCAUAGUGAAUGGGGUGUAUUGGUCAGAGUCCUUGAAUAAAGUGUUUGUGGAUAACUGAAAAGAUCCGUCCCUGAUAUGGCAGUACUUUGGCAGUGCCAAGGGCUUCUUUAGGCAGUAUCCCGGGGUCAAAUGGCAUCCAGACGAACACGGAGUCAUCGCCUUUGACUGCAGGAACAGGAAAUGGUACAUCCAGGCAGCGACAUCUCCUAAAGACGUGGUGAUUCUAGUAGAUGUAAGUGGCAGUAUGAAGGGCCUGAGACUGACCAUCGCCAGACAGACGGUAUCCUCUAUACUGGACACACUGGGAGACGACGACUUCUUCAACAUCAUCGCUUACAAUCAAGAGAUUCACUAUGUGGAGCCUUGUCUGAAUGGCACACUGGUACGAGCAGACAGAAACAAUAAAGCUCAUUUCCGAGAACAUCUGGACAAGCUGUUUGCCAAAGGGAUUGGUCUGCUGGGUGAUGCUCUGACCGAAGCAUUCACCAUUCUAGGUGAUUUUAACCAGACUGGGCAUGGCAGUGUGUGUAGCCAGGCCAUCAUGCUGGUGACUGACGGGGCCACACAGAUGUACGACGAUGUUUUCGCCAAGUUCAACUGGCCAGACAGAAAGGUGCGCAUAUUCCCUUACCUGAUUGGCCGAGAGUCUGCCUUUGCUGAUAACAUGAAAUGGAUGGCCUGUGCUAAUAAAGGGUAUUUCAGUCAGAUCUCCACACUGGCUGAUGUACAGGAAAAUGUGAUGAGGUAUCUUCAUGUUAUGAGUCGUCCUAAAGUCAUCGAUCAUGAACAUGACACGGUCUGGACAGAAGCCUACAUGGACAGCACUGGGAGUAUCAUAAAGGGCCCCAGCCUGAUGACCACUGUGGCCAUGCCUGUGUUCAGCACCAAGAACGAGACGAAGAACCAGGGUAUUCUCCUCGGGGUAGUGGGCACAGACAUUCCCCUACAGGAACUUAUGAAGAUCAUCCCUAAACACCUGCUGGGUAUCCACGGUUACGCGUUUGCCAUCACUAACAAUGGCUACAUCCUGACCCAUCCAGACCUGAGGCCACUGUACCAGAAGGGCCAGAAGAGGAGGAAACCCAACUACAGCAGUGUGGACCUGUCUGAGGUGGAGUGGGAGGACAAGGAUGACUUUCUGCGUAAUGCCAUGGUCAACAGGAAGACGGGGACUUUCUCCAUGGAAGUGAAGAAGACAGUGGACAAAGGGAAACGUCUGCUGAAGAUGCACAAUGACUACUACUACACUGAAGUCAAGGGAACGCCCUUCAGUGUCGGUGUGGCUUUGUCCAGAGGCCAUGGCAAAUUCUUCUUCAGAGGAAACGUCUCCGUAGAAGCAGGGCUUCAUGACCUGGAACAGCCAGAUGUUGCGCUGGCAGAUGAAUGGACGUACUGCAACACAGACGAGUACUAUGAGCACCGUUCUCUCUCCCAGAUCCAGGCUAUUAAACUCUACCUGACCGGACGCAAACCACUCAUCAAAUGUGACAGGGAGCUGAUCCAGGAGGUUCUGUUUGAUGCUGUGGUCACAGCCCCACUGGAGGCCUACUGGACAGGCCUGGCCCUCAACAAGUCAGAGAAUUCAGAUAAAGGUGUGGAGAUUGCUUACCUGGGCACACGCACUGGCCUCUCUAGAACCAACCUGUUUGUUGUGCAAGAGGAUCUAUCCAAUCAAGACUUCCUGACAGCGGAGGAUAAGGAGGGGGUGUUUAACGCUGACCACUUCCCUCUGUGGUAUAAGAGAGCAGCAGAGCAGGUCCCUGGCACCUUUGUCUACUCCAUCCCCUUUGGAGGAAAUGAGAAUAAGAGUGUGGUUUUGGCCAGCACCGCCAUACAGCUGCUGGAUGACAGGAAGUCACCCAUUGUUGCAUCCGUUGGGAUUCAAAUGAACUUGAAUUUCUUUCAGAGGAAGUUCUGGACCGCUAGCAGACAGUGUGCUGCUCUGGAUGGGAAGUGCACCAUCAGCUGUGAUAAUGAGGACAUCAAGUGUUACCUCAUAGACAACAACGGCUUUAUUCUGGUCACAGAAGACUACUCUCAGACAGGGGAGUUCUUUGGUGAGGUGGAGGCUGCUGUUAUGACCAAGCUGCUCCUCAUUGGCUCCUUCAAGAGGAUCAAUCUGUAUGACUACCAGGCUCUCUGUAGAGAGUAUGCCGGCAGCAGUGACAGUGGACACUGUUUAUCACAUCCCUUCUCCAUUGUGAAAUGGCUCCUGACUGAACUAGUAAUGUUCCUGCUGGAAUUCAACCUGUACAGCUGGUGGCAUGUUGACCUCUCUGUCAAAGCCCAAAACUCGAGGGGAAAGACCAUGUUGGUGCCAUGUGAUACUGAGUACCCUGCCUUUGUCUCUGAGCGUACCAUCAAAGAGACCACGGGCAACAUUGACUGUGAGGGCUGUGUCAGAUCUUUUGUUAUUCAGCAGAUUCCCAGCAGUAACCUAUUCAUGGUUGUCGUGGACAACAAGUGUGACUGUAGCUCCACCCUUCCAGUUUCCAUGGACCCCAUUGAGAUUAUGUAUAUCCUUGUGAAGUUUGGGAAUAUUAAGUGUGUUUUUUAG